GUUUUCAGCUGCGGCUACGAGAGCUGUCCGAGUGCGUACAACCGCAGUCAGCUGCACCUGCACAUCAUCGCCCACUCUCACGAUGACGUCGGCUGGCUGGCCACUGCUGACGGCUACGCACACAAUGACGUCAGUCCCCUGCUCUCCGCCGUCACCGAUGCCCUUUUGCGCAACUUUGAGCGGAAGUUUGUCGAGGUGGAAAUGUACUACUUCAGUCGGUGGUGGAAGCGACAGUCGCCCGACGUUCACGAGGUGGUGCGGACGCUGGUUCGCAGGGGACAGCUCACUUUUGCCGGGGGCGGGUGGUGUGUGGCGGAUGAGGCGACGACCACCUAUGGAUCCAUCAUCGAUCAGAUGAGUCUGGGCAUUGACUUUAUCAGGGAGACCUUUGGUGACUGUGCCGUUCCUAAGCUCAGCUGGCAGAUUGACCCGUUUGGUGCUUCGAGAGAGGCGGCCCAUCUCUUUGCUCUGAUGGGCUUUGACGCACAUAUGACGAAUCGUGGUAAUGAUCAGCUCUUUGGAGAGUUCCUCUGGAACACCAGCAGUGAUGGACGGGAGAUUUUUGUAACUCGUAUGCACAAACACUACCAUGCUCCGGAUGGGCUAAACUUUGAAGAUGUUGACGAAAUUACCGAAGAAAAUAAGCAUGCAAAGGCGAAAUUGUUGGUGGAGUUAGGUCGAAAGUGGAACACCGACUACGGCUCAAAGGGCCACGUUCUAAUGACCUUUGGGCAUGACUUUAGCUAUAAGCAUGCCGAACGGUGGUUCUCCAACCUUGACAAGCUCAUUGAAGUGGUCAACGCUGACUACGCUGACGUUCACCUGCACUACUCCUCGCCGCACUGCUACGUGAAGGCAGUUCGCGAUUUGAAGUCCAAGCUGCAGGUCAAAUCGGCCGACUUUUUUCCCUACUGGACAGGCUACUUUAGCAGUCGACCGGUGGUGAAGUACCUGGAUCGAUUCGCCGGCAAUCUGAUGAGUGCUGCUAAACAGCUCGAGGUGAUUGCUUCACUGUCAAAUGCUCAGCCGUUUAUUUAUGAGGCAAAAAAUCAACUGGCGGUUCUUCAGCAUCACGAUGCCAUCACUGGCACCUCUCGUCCAGAAGUCAUGUUAGACUACAAACAGCGCUUAGUCAGCUCACUAAAAGCUUCGUCUGCCGUCAUCAGCCAGGCAAUCGCCAAACUGACCGCCAAAUCAGCUUCUUCUUCCUCUUCCUCUUCUGAUCAGCCUUUCAUCUACACCACCGUCAACAUCAGUGAUUUUACCGUGAAGCUAAACAAGUCCGCCAUUGCUGCCAUCAUCUACAACCCCCUCGCUCAAGCUCACUCUUCGUGGAUUCGAAUUCCCGUCACUUCUUCGGUGAGCUACAAGGUGCUCUACGAAAACGGCACUCAAGUGCAGCAAGUUAGUUUAGUACCCAUAAACGAUAAAGUUAGGGCAAUGGUGGGUCAUCACCAGGAAGUAACUCACGAGUUAGUUUUUGAAGUCCAUUCCCUUCCAGCUCUUGGAUUCACUACCUUCUUUGUGGUCAAAGAGUCGGCCGGCAAUUCACCGGUUUACAAGGCGGGCAAACUGGAAGCGGACAGUAAAGGAGAUUUCCUUCUCAAAGGCUCCAACUUUCAGCUGCUCAUUGACCACAAAACGGGUGGUAUUAUCAGCAUUCAGCGAGGAGCUCACACUGCUGACCACCUGACGCAAAAGUUUGCCUACUACACUGCCCAUCGGUCAUCUGAUUCCUAUCGGUUUUGUCCCACAAAAGCAGCUUUCGGCCUGCACAAUGAAACAGUCGUGCAGACUGGAAAGUACGGCGGUUUCUCUGAAGUGACGCAAAAGGUGAACGACUGGAUCUGGCAGACUGUGCGUGUGUUUGAAAAUCGUCCGUACAUUGAGCUGGAUUGGGUCGUCGGGCCAGUCGAUGAUAAAGAUGGUAUCAGCAAGGAGGUGAUCAGUCGAUUUGAGACAAACCUCAAAACAAAUGGAACUUGGUACACUGACGCCAAUGGACGACAGAUG